CCCGCAAACAGCUCUGCUGGGGCUGUACUGCUGUGCCUGCUCUUCCCUGAAGGGACCCUGGAGUUUGUGAUCUGAGAUGCAUAGAGUGCCCCAGCUGACCACCCCGUGGGCUAAUAGAGACCUUCAGAGAGCCUGGGAGAAAACCUACCAGAACCACAGGAAAAAGGUCCAGAACGCCCAACCACUCGUGGACACCCGCCCACCACAGACUUACAGCCAUUUCCACCUAAAGUUCAAGAAGUUGAAGAUGGAGGAAGAGAGACUCUCCAUCAUUGACAGAAACAACUACCUGCUUCUGCAGAGGGUGGCCUCCGCCAUGAAAACCGGGAGACGGACUGAUGGGCAAAAUAACUUCACAUGGAAAAGGUAA